AUGGAUCGUAAUAAUAUAAUAGAAUGCGGUGGAUUUUAUUUCAUUCAUAAUUUUGAUUCUGGAAAUUUGGGGCAUGUUGAAAGAGUCCCGACGGAGCUAAUAGCUCCAACAAUUAAUCUUAAAACCAAUACAUCCGAAACUCCAGAUUAUGAAUUCAAUCUUUGGACAAGGCCAGAUUGUGCAGGCACUGAAUUUGAGAAUGGGAAUCGCACUUGGUUUUAUUUUGGGAUCCAGGCAGCUGAACCCAAUGUGCAGGUCCGGUUAAAUAUAAUCAAUCUAAAUAAACAAGGAAAGAUGUACAACCAAGGAAUGGCACCUGUUACAAGAACAUUGCCAGGAAAGCCACAAUGGGAACGAAUAAGGGACCGUCCAGUUCACUCUACGGAUGACAACACAUUCACUCUGAGUUUCAAAUACAGGACCAGUGAAAAUGCAAAGGCAACAACAUUUUUUGCCUUUACAUACCCUUUCUCAUUUGCCGAACUACAGAUAGCAUUAAAUUCUAUAGAUCUUAAAAUGUUGCCAUUACCAUCUCCGCAGUCAUUGGAUGAUAUAUACUAUUAUAGAGAAUGUCUUAUUUAUUCUCUUGAAGGCAGACGUGUAGACCUGUUAACUAUAACAUCUCACCAUGGCAUCACAACGGAAAGGGAACAAAGACUGAAGAAUUUGUUUCCAGAGAACCAGGAGAGGCCUUUCAAGUUUCAAAAUAAAAAGGUCAUAUUUAUUUCGGCUCGAGUGCAUCCAGGGGAAACACCAUCAAGUUUUGUCUUCAAUGGCUUCUUGAACCUCCUUCUAACAAGGAACGACUCUAUAGCCAUACAACUGAGAAAACUGUAUGUGUUCAAGAUGAUACCUUUUUUAAAUCCUGAUGGUGUUGCCAGGGGGCACUACAGAACUGACACGAGGGGUGUAAAUCUGAAUAGAGUGUACUUAAAUCCAUCUCUCACUUAUCACCCUACGGUUUUCGCCUCCCGAGCAUUAAUACGAUACUAUCACUUUGGUUAUGAAAAAGACGAAGACUUAUUCGAGGAUAGUAAAAGUUUCACUUCUCGCAGUAUUGGGAACAUAAGCGAGAGUGCCGAGUUUACCGAGACGAAGAAGAAGAAAAAUUUAGCGAAAGGGAGCGAUUAUAAACGUGAAAAGUCGUCCUCAGCUAAAGCUCUGUCCAGAAACAAAUCGUCUACCACCAUCAAGCAAGUUUCCAAUGAAGAAACUCAGUCAGUCAGCGGAGAAGCUGCCCAUUUAGCCGAACAGGUGCACGACAUGAAACUCCAAGAAAUGCCUUCUCAAAUGAAUGAUGCCACAUCAUACGUCGAUUCGAACACAAAUCUUGAGGAGACGUCAUCGCUGCUUAAUGACAACGUUCUGCGAUCUUGUCUCGGUUCCACCGUACACCUGAGUACGAGCGAAGAGCUGAAGAUGCACGGCGGAAACCCACUGAGGCCUCUCCGGGAGACAUUAAAGAACAGUAUAAGUCUUCUCAUGGAAUCCAAUAAUUCAAUCGCUGGCGACAGCUCUAUGGAGAGCAAAGCAGCUCGGCUUGCUAAUGUCAAAAUGGGCUGGUGUGAUGAAUGCCAACGUGCUGUCAGUCGUCUAGAAGAUACCAUGCCAGGAAUUGCUAACAUGGUGCCAGGAUAUAGUGCUAUGAUAUUGGCGGAAACACCGAAGUAUCAUUCCAUAGACGAAUAUCGCGAACAUCAAAGACAGCAAAUAGAUGCGCAAGAACGAAAGUUGCAAGAUACGGAGUUCCCAACGGACGGCGCAACUGUUUACUUCUGCACCAACUGUUUCAAAAGAUACGUCAUGUCGGAAUUCGAUGAAGAGAUUAAAUUAUCAGAGCCACUGUCGUGUACCAGUGUGGGUGUGAGCGUGUGUGUUGGGGAUAAUGGUGAUGUGUGCGUGCCCGCAGCGAGGCCCAUCCCGAACACCGACGAUGCUAUUGUUUUGCAAACUGGACCCCCACCAAAAGAAGAAAAGCCAAAGUCUCCAGUAAAGACCGUCGCUAAGAAGAAGCCGCCACCGGCUAAUACAACUAUCGCACCAAAAGUUGUCUACAAAGAGCCCGACAGCGGACUUUAUUUAUACAUCGAUUUGCACGGACACGCGUCUAAAAAAGGAAUAUUCAUGUACGGGAACCACUUCGAAGACUUGGAUCAUUCCGUUGAAUGUAUGUUGCUGCCGCGUAUUAUGUCCCUCAACAAUCUCCACUUUCAUUUCUCCUCGUGCAAUUUCACUGAACGGAACAUGUACCUAAAGGAUCGCCGUGACGGCAUGUCUCGCGAGGGAUCCGGUCGCGUGGCCGUGCUCAAAGCCACCGGCCUUGUCCGCUCCUAUACCCUCGAGUGCAACUACAACACGGGUCGCCUCGUCAACGUGCUUCCGCCGGCCGUUCGCGACACGCCGCUGCCCACCGCGCCGCACGCCGGAAUGCCUCCCAAAUACACUCCGCACAUUUUUGAAGAGGUGGGACGUUCCCUGGGAGCAUCGAUCCUUGAUUUGACGGGGCAGCAUCCCAACUCGCGCAUUCCUUGUUCUGAACAUCGCAACUUGUCGGCGCUGCGCGAGUGGCUUCGUGCUCACACACGCACAAUGCGUCCACAGCUAACAAUGUCUCGACUGCGGCCAAAGACUUCAUCGCCGACUAGAAUGCCUCUCUACGCGCGGUCGAAGGCGAAAGUUACCGAAGAACGGAAGGAGAAUGCGUACGCAGGCGCAAAAGCUGACUCCGAAAGACGCCGCAGCCCUUCGGUCCUCGCUCAGCGCUCCGGCCACGAAAUCAUCAAUAUGAACAUGAAGUACGCUAAAAAGAACGAACCCGUCAAGACGCCCUCCCGAACCCGUUACCUGACGGAAAAUGAGCCAAAGCCAAAAACGCUCACCACGAAACGCCGAAACGUGCUCGCUAUCAGAAAACCCAGCACUAGUAAAACUCAAGUCGGCGGCGUAGUCAAAGCGAAGAUGACUAGAAGGUCCGCUGAUGACGCGGAGAGCACCCGCUCGUCUAUAGUUUCCACGAAGCUAAAUAAGCGGAGCUACGCGAGGUCGUUACGCGGUGCCGUCACCAGAUCCGCCAAUAGGUGUCGGGCUAUGGCUUCGUCAUCUUCCGAAGACAUGAUUAGUGGCACCUGGGAGGAUGUCGCAGGAGGUACAGUGCUGGGUUCGCAGAGCGGUAUAACCCACCCGGAGACGAUGUCGAUGGGGUCGAAGCGCAGGUCUUUCCCGGCGCCUUCGCCCUCCCACCUAAAGAAGAUCCGUCUCAAGACCGCCUUGUAG